AUGUGCGAUAUGACAAAUGGUGAUCAAUUUACUAAACCUACAUUUAAUUUCACUGUGAUGACUGGUGAUACGAUCCCAGAUCGAAGUUUAGGUCCGACACGUGAUCAUACGAGCAAGUCAUCAUCAGGUGGUUUUAUCUACUGGAAUCGUCAAUUACCUUUCAUUCCGGGAGAUAAUGGUGUAGUAGAGCCAUCGAAAACUAUCCAACAAAAUACAGGCAUGUGUGUUCGAUUUGCCUACUACGUAAAAAUGCUAUAUGCACUCAUCGAUGAAUAUUUACCACGAUAA